UUCUUUUUAUUCCCCACACUACGUGGUAAGGGUCUUUCGUGUCCCUUUUUGCCUUUUGGCCUAUUUAUACCCAUGCUCAUUAUUCAAUCCGCAUCUCUUUCAACAAGCUUCAUCAAUGGCCACAUCACCAGAAACAGAGCACCCAGUAAAGGCUUAUGGAUAUGCAGCUGGCGACACAUCUGGAACACUCUCCCCUCUCACCUUCUCCCGAAGAGCUACUGGGGAGAAAGAUGUGAGGUUCAAAGUUCUGUAUUGUGGAAUCUGCCAUUCCGAUCUUCACUUUAUCAAGAACGAAUGGGGAUUUACGACAUACCCAGUUACUCCAGGGCAUGAAAUUGUGGGUAUAGUGACGGAAGUUGGCAGCAAAGUGGAGAAAUUCAAAAUCGGAGAUAAAGUUGGAGUUGGAUGCUUGGUGGGAUCUUGUAGAUCAUGUGAAAACUGUGCUAUUGAUUUCGAACAAUAUUGUCCUAAACAAGUUCUCACUUAUGGUGUUCCGAACUUCGAUGGAACAAAGACAUACGGUGGAUACUCCGAUCACAUGGUUUCAGAUGAACAUUUCGUCCUCCGAUGGCCGGAAAAUUUACCACUUGAUGCCGGUGCACCGCUGCUAUGUGCCGGAAUCACCACUUACAGCCCACUCAGAUACUUCGGACUUGAUAAACCCGGGAUGAAAAUCGGUGUUGUUGGUCUUGGUGGACUCGGGCAUGUCGCUGUGAAGAUGGCGAAAGCUUUUGGUGCAGAAGUUACUGUUUUCAGCACGACUCCUGCUAAGAAGCAAGAAUCACUCGUAGGACUUAAAGCUGACCAUUUCAUAGUUAGCAAAGACGAAAAAGAGAUGCAAUCUGUCGCGGGAACACUUGAUGGGAUCAUUGAUACAGUGUCUGCAACUCAUCCGAUUGCGCCAUUGUUGAAUGCGCUGAAAGCUCAAGGAAAGCUUGUUCUUGUUGGGGCACCAGAGAAGCCACUUGAAGUAGCAGCGUUUUCUUUGAUUAUGGGGAGGAAGAUUGUUGGUGGUAGUAACAUUGGAGGGUUGAAGGAGACUCAAGAGAUGCUUGAUUUUGCAGCAAAGCAUGGGAUCACUGCAGAUGUAGAGGUGAUACCGAUAGAUUAUGUGAACACAGCUAUGGAAAGGCUUUUGAAAUCUGAUGUAAGCAAAAUGGAAGGGAAUAUGGCUUGA